AUGGUGCUGCUGAUGCGGGACGAGUACGUCGGUCCCGAACCCGAAGGAGCCUCCAUCGAAGAACAAGGGCUCGGCUGGAAGAACAGCUUUGGCAGCGGGGUGGGCAGCGACACGAUCACCAGCGGGUUGGAGGGGGCCUGGACCACCGCGCCAGCCAAGUGGGACAACAAUUUCUUCGAGAACCUGUUCAACUACGAGUGGGAAUUGAUAAAAGGUCCUGGCGGUGCAUGGCAGUGGACCCCCAAAGACGAAGCCGCACAAGGCACUGUGCCGGACGCUCACGAUCCCGCAAAGAAGCACGCCCCCAUGAUGCUCACGACGGACCUGUCUCUGCGGAUGGAUCCGAUCUAUGAGAAGAUUUCGAGGCGGUUCUACGAGAACCCGGACGAGUUCGCAGACGCCUUUGCCAAGGCGUGGUACAAGCUGACCCACCGCGACAUGGGACCUCGCACACGGUGUCUCGGUCCGUUGGUUCCUGCGGAACCGCAGCUGUGGCAAGACCCCGUUCCUGAUGUCGAUCAUGCACUGAUUGGUGAGCAAGACAUCGCUGCCCUCAAGGGCAAGUGCUUCGAAUCAGGACUGUCCAUCUCCCAACUGGUUUCGACCGCUUGGGCGUCUGCGGCAACAUUCCGCGGCACCGACAAGCGCGGUGGAGCUAACGGGGCACGUAUUCGCCUCGCGCCGCAGAAGGAUUGGGAAGUCAACAAUCCGUCCGAACUGGGGCAGGUACUUCAGACCUUGGAGGGAAUUCAAGAGGAAUUUAACAACUCGCAGUCCGACGGGAAGCGGAUCUCACUCGCUGACCUGAUCGUUCUAGCUGGGUGUGCAGCGGUCGAAGCAGCUGCGAAGAACGCCGGUAUCGACGUACAGGUUCCCUUCGCUCCGGGGCGCACGGACGCGUUGCAGGAGCAAACCGACGUGGACUCAUUUGCUGUGCUUGAACCGACCGCCGACGGAUUUCGCAACUACCUCGCAAACGGGCAUCAGAGAACAGCCGAAGAGCUGCUGGUGGAUCGAGCACAAAUGCUGACGCUAACCGCUCCUGAGACGACGGUUCUCGUCGGAGGCUUGCGUGUCCUGAAUGCAAACGUCGGUCAGUCCGAACUCGGCGUAUUCACCAAGCGGACCGAGACGUUGACUCCUGAUUUCUUCGUGAACCUGCUUGACAUGAACAUCGAAUGGGCGUCCAGUACAUCUGAGGAUGUGUUCGAGGGGCGCAAUCGCUUGACAGGUGAGAUUCAGUGGACCGGCAGCCGUGCCGACCUCGCAUUCGGCUCAAACUCGCAACUCCGAGCCAUUGCGGAAGUCUACGGGUGUGACGAUGCUCAAGAGGCGUUUGUGUCUGACUUCGUGGCGGCGUGGAACAAGGUCAUGAACCUCGAUCGCUUCGACCUUGCCUGA